AUGCAGCCGAAUCUGCUUCGCAAAGUCGCCGCUCCAUCGCCAUCGGUCCUGAGCUUCCUGCGCGCCCAAGUCAACCAUGCCUUCGAGUCGCCUGCAGGGCAAUGCGCCGGCCUGAAGAGGCAGCGUCGCGCCUACACAGCGUCGUCGCCGUGCACGGUAAAGCCCUCCGUGUCAAGCACACGUGGUUUCUCGACAUCUCGGCCCUGCAGCCUUUUGCAGCCGCCUGUAUCGCCGUCGAGUGACGACGUCUCGGCGGCUGGCUCCGGAUAUGGAAACACACUGGGACGGUUGGCUCGUAGCGCCAACGAGCUGAAGAUGCGCUGCACAGAGCUGGACGAGCACGGCAACGUGACGCUCGUCAGCGGCGAGUUCAAGAAGAGCGAAUUGAUUGCAAAGUAUGGCCUCCUUCCACGAGAUCUGCGGAAAAUCGACUCCUCGCUGCUCCCACACAUCCUCGUCCGCCCAUCUGCGAUCCUGAUCAAUCUCCUCAACCUCCGAGUUCUGCUCAAGCACAACCGCGUGCUCGUCUUCGACGCGUAUGGCACCACGGAUUCCAAGUCGCAGAGCGUCUUCAUGUACGACCUCGACCUGAAGCUGCGGCAGAAAGAAUCCGUCGCAAACGGCACGCUCGCAUACGAAUUCCGCGCUCUCGAAGCCGUCCUCAUCAGUGUCACGCUCUCUCUCGAGAAGGAAUUCGAGGGUGUCAGCGAGCCAGUCGUGCGCGUGCUGCGCGAGCUCGAAGAAGACAUCGACCGCGACAAGCUCCGCUACCUGCUCAUCUACUCGAAGAAACUGGGCAGUUUUGAGCAGAAGGCGCGCCUGGUCCGGAACGCGCUGGAGGAGCUGCUCGAGGCCGACGACGAUCUGAGCGCCAUGUAUCUCAGCGAAAAGGCCGAGGGAAAGACGAGAGAAGACGACGACCACACCGAGGUGGAGAUGCUGCUGGAAUCGUACCACAAAGUCGCGGAUGAAAUCGUGCAGGCGGCCGAGAACCUGGUGUCGUCGAUCCGCAACACGGAGGAAAUCGUCAAAGCGAUCCUCGACGCAAACCGCAACUCGCUUAUGCUUCUAGAUCUGCGCUUCAGCAUCCUCACCCUGGCCAUCACGGCGGGCACGUUCGUCGCGGCGCUGUACGGGAUGAACCUGAAGAACUUCAUCGAGGAGACGGAUUUUGGCUUCUACGGGGUGUCGGCGUGGUGCACAGUCUUUGGCGCCAUCGUCGCCGUCUACGGGCUGCAGAAGCUGCGCCGCGUGCAGCGCGUGAGCAUGUACGCGCACGGCCCAGGCAGCAUCGUCGGCACCAAGCCCAAGAGCAUCUGGGGCCUGGGCGCGUGGGGCGGUGCCAGGCCGGUCCGGGGGGUGGGCGAGAGCGGUGGUGAGACGGGUGGUGUUGUUGUGGGUAAGCCCAAGGGCGGCGAUGCGCUGAGGGAGCUUAUUCAUCGCGAUAGGCAUUUGGCACGGAAGGUGGCCAAGGCCGAGGGCAGGGCUGGGGAUGUUGCUGGUGGCGGUUUGUAG